GAGCCGCGGGGACGCAGGCUGGGCGGGCGCAGCGGCCCCGGCCCCGGACGAUGCUGCUGAGCCCCCGGCCGACGCGGCCCCGAGCACAUGAUGGCGAUACGCGAGCUCAAAGUGUGCCUUCUCGGGGACACCGGGGUUGGGAAAUCGAGCAUCGUGUGUCGCUUUGUGCAGGAUCACUUUGACCACAACAUCAGCCCUACCAUCGGGGCGUCUUUUAUGACCAAAACUGUGCCUUGUGGAAAUGAACUUCACAAAUUCCUCAUCUGGGACACGGCUGGUCAGGAGCGGUUUCACUCCUUGGCCCCCAUGUACUACCGGGGAUCUGCCGCAGCCGUCAUCGUGUAUGACAUCACCAAGCAGGAUUCCUUUCAUACCUUGAAGAAAUGGGUGAAAGAACUGAAAGAACAUGGUCCUGAAAAUAUUGUGAUGGCCAUUGCUGGAAACAAAUGUGAUCUGUCAGAUAUCAGGGAGGUUCCUCUGAAGGAUGCGAAGGAAUAUGCUGAGUCCAUAGGUGCCAUCGUGGUUGAAACAAGUGCCAAGAACGCUAUCAACAUCGAAGAGCUCUUCCAAGGAAUCAGCCGCCAGAUCCCACCCUUGGACCCCCAUGAGAAUGGAACCAGCGGGGCCAUCAAGCUCGGGAAGCACACUGCGCAGCCCGGCCGCAGGUGCUGCUGAGCCGGGGCACCCAGGAGAGGAGGAAGCUGGAGCCUGCAUCCCAUGCACUGCCGAGGCCCCACCCUUAGUCCUGGAGAGGAGCGAGCAAUGGCCUUGCACCCUGGAAGACCUGUGGGAAGCUGGGGGCAAGAACUGGCCCUUAAACAGGAUUGUAGACAAUUCUGGAGAAACCCACCACACCGCCACGUGAAACGCACAGGGAAGGGAUUAUACUUACUAGAUGAUACGUGUAGUUGCAGUUUCUGUUAGACACCCUUGAACGGUCUUGGCUUUUCACCCAAGUCUUACUGCCUUAAUGGGGAGGAGGGACUCUCAGGGGUCCUUCUCCUCUGACUUCCUGGGUUCCCCGUCAAGUUUCAGUGACUUCUUCCGUGCCAUUACCUUUCCCGAAAGAUAAAUUGCAAUUUGGAAGGCUGGUUUUCA